GAGAUUAUCGAGCUGAGCUGCGUGGUGGUGGACACUGCCAGGACCACGGUACUGCCCGUUCACUUCCAGCGGUACGUGCGCCCCGACCAGCACCCGUGCCUCUCCGACUUCUGCACAGAGCUCACAGGCAUCACGCAGGCCAUGGUGGAUGGCGGCGUGCCGCUGCACACCGCUCUGCAGGACCUGGAUGCCUGGCUGCGGCAGCAGGGCCUGAUUGGGCAGGUGGGUGGGCGUUGCUGCUCAUCCCGCCGCUGCUUCUCUUGCUGCAGCACGUGGAGGGACUGGGAUCUGAAGGUUCAGAUGCAGAUGGAGUGCAAGUGGCGCAGGAUAGAGCAGCCCAGGUGGCAGAAGCGCUGGAUAGACAUCGGGGCGGUCUGGUUCAAGCACUCGGGCAAGAAGGGCAACCUGAGGGCCAGCUGCGAGGCUGCGGAACUGGGCUGGGACGGCCGCGCCCACUCCGCAAUCGACGACGCACGCAACACGGCCAGGUGGGGCUGGGGCGGGGCGGCGAGCGGGGGUUGCGCAGCGGGCAGCGGCACAUGGGGGCUGCGCAGCGGGAAGCAGGGAAUUGUUUUGGAUGCCUGA